AUGAGCAUGAACAGUAGCAGCGGCGGCGUUUGGCAGAGCAACAACGGUUACUAUGGGUAUGGCUACGGAGGAGGAGGUUACGUGGAGAAGAGACAGCUGUUCCUUAAGAGCUACCAGUUCUCGAGGAAACAGAGCUUAACGGAGAAGAUCAAGAGAUCUGUGAGGAGAGUGGUGAAGAAAGUGGUUUGGAUGAGUCUUCUGAGACCUCCUGGGGAAAUCAAGAGGCAGUUAGCUCCUCUUGUACAGAAAAUGGCUGAUUUGCUACCCAUUUACCUCAUUAUUGUGGCGUUUCUGUGUACUGUGGGAGCCAUUGCUUUGGCCUUAUUCCAUAUCUACAAGCACCUCUUGAAUUACACUGAACCAAUUUAUCAGAGAUAUAUUGUGCGCAUCGUCUUCAUGGUCCCGGUCUAUGCCUUGAUGUCAUUCUUAGCUCUUGUGUUGCCCAAAAGCUCCAUCUAUUUUAACUCCAUCCGAGAAGUUUAUGAAGCGUGGGUGAUUUAUAAUUUUCUAUCGCUGUGUUUGGCAUGGGUUGGAGGCCCAGGUUCUGUGGUUAUAAGCUUAACUGGUCGCUCUCUGAAGCCAUCGUGGCAUCUCAUGACAUGUUGCUUCCCACCACUUCCAUUAGACGGGCGUUUUAUUCGGCGGUGCAAGCAAGGUUGUCUGCAAUUUGUAAUUCUAAAGCCAAUCCUAGUUGCUGUCACACUUGUGCUCUACGCAAAACGGAAAUACAAGGAUGGAAAUUUCAGCCCUGAUCAGUCAUAUCUCUAUCUUACCAUCAUCUAUACUAUAUCGUACACAGUGGCCUUGUACGCACUGGUCCUCUUUUAUGUGGCAUGCAAAGAUCUGCUUCAGCCAUUCAAUCCAGUCCCAAAGUUUGUGAUUAUAAAGUCUGUUGUCUUCUUAACCUAUUGGCAGGGUGUUCUUGUUUUCCUUUUUGCUAAGUCUGGAUAUAUAAGGGAUGAAGAAGAAGCAGCUCUCUUCCAGAAUUUCAUUAUAUGCGUGGAGAUGCUUAUAGCUGCAGCUGCUCAUUUCUAUGCAUUCCCAUACAAGGAAUAUGCAGGUGCCAAUGUUGGAGGAGCUCACAGUUUCUCUGGAAGCCUAGCACAUGCUGUUCAACUAAAUGAUUUCUACCAUGACACUGUUCACCAGUUUGCCCCUGCGUAUCACGAUUAUGUGCUCUACAAUCAUAAUGAUGGUGGUGAAGGGACAACGAAGUACCGAGCACGAACAUUUGUGCCAACUGGUCAGGAAAUGGAUGCUGUCAGAAAGAACAAACACCUGUUCGGAAACAAGAUGGAUGGUGUUUCGGUCUCGAGUCACUCCUCUUCAGGACCAAGCACACCGAAAGCCUCCGGUGUGGCUGAUCCUGCACGCCCGGAGACAAUGAAAUCUUCUUUGCUCGUCGAUGCCUCAGACUCUGCUUCCACGAUGUAUGACAUGUCGCUCAUGGACAUUGAUAUAUCGAGCUACCCAAGCAAGGUCCCUUCUGCUAAUGUAAGUGCAGGACCUAAAUAG